AUGCAGAAUUCAGAGGGUGGAUCCGAUUCGCCGGCUUCUGUGGCUCUGUGUCCGUCGGCAGCAGCCCAGGCCCCCGUGGCUCAGCCUGUGCCAGCCUCCCCGCAGAGGGUGUUGGUCCAGACAGCGGGCUCGGCUCCCAAAGGGGCCCAGAUGCAGCCAAUCUCCCUCCCCAGGGUCCAGCAGGUGCCACAGCAGGUCCAGCCCGUGCAGCACGUGUACCCCCCGCAGGUGCAGUACGUGGAAGGCGGAGACACGGUCUACACCAAUGGAGCCUUACGGACGGCCUACGCCUACAACCCCGAGCCUCAGAUGUACGCCCCGAGCAGCACAGCGUCUUACUUCGAGGCCCCGGGCGGCGCCCAGGUGACCGUGGCAGGCUCCUCCCCGCCGGCGGUCCCCUCCCACAGCAUGGUGGGCAUCACCAUGGAUGUCGGGGGGAGCCCUAUUGUCUCCAGCGCGGGAGCCUAUCUCAUCCACGGGGGGAUGGACGGCACGAGACACUCCCUGGCCCACACUUCCCGGUCAUCGCCGGCUACGCUUGAAAUGGCGAUUGAAAACCUCCAAAAAAGCGAAGGGAUCACCUCACACAAAAGCGGUUUACUCAACAGCCAUCUCCAGUGGCUGUUAGAUAAUUACGAAACCGCGGAAGGCGUGAGUCUCCCCAGAAGCUCUCUCUACAACCAUUACCUCCGGCACUGCCAGGAGCACAAGCUGGACCCUGUGAAUGCUGCCUCUUUCGGGAAGCUGAUCCGCUCGGUUUUCAUGGGGCUGCGGACACGGCGGCUGGGCACCAGGGGCAACUCCAAGUAUCAUUACUAUGGGAUCCGUCUAAAGCCGGACUCGCCCCUGAACCGGCUGCAGGAGGACACCCAGUACAUGGCCAUGCGGCAGCAGCCCCUGCACCAAAAGCCCAGCCUUAGUGGUUUUGUAUCGCCAUCCCUCUCUCGAUGCACUCGGAAGCCAGUAGAAUAUACGCACUGGGUGCGUCUGAGGGCUUCCCCUCAGCACUGUGUGGACCGUUCCGUCAUCGGGGCUGUCCUGGGCACUGUGGGGGGCUGGGCCUGGCCCCCACCCACUCGGUGCCCGGAGCUCCCCCAGGUGCACCGACCACAGAGGCCUGCACACAUCCGCCGGUGUCCCCUGGGGGCAGAGUCGCCCUCAACUGCCUUUCUCACGGUGUCUCGGCUUUAUCUCCCAGGCACCUUGACGCAGGCCAUCCGUAAUUUUGCCAAGAGCUUGGAAGGCUGGUUGACGAAUGCCAUGAGAGACUUCCCACAGCAGGCCAUCCAGACCAAGGUAGCCGCUCCGCUGCGAAGGGAGCAGCUGGGAGGGGCCCCUGUCCUCUGCCCCGGGGAAGGCAGGCGGCUCCUGUGCCUCCUGGACCCCUAG